UAAUAAUCAACCGGUGAUGAUUCCAACCUUGACAUUGAAACCACCACCAUCAGCACCAACUUUGACAUGUGGCAGUUCGUUUCAAAUUCCACACUAUAGUCAGAAAAAACCAUUUCAUAAAGAUUGCUUUUCUUUUGCUGGGGUUAUUUAUGCUGGAUUAAAUAUUAAUAUCAUUUCGACAAGUGGCAGCGAUGAAAUUAAAAAUUCCGAAAUGGUAAAACAAAGAACAAAUAUUGAAAAUCGAGAAUUUUUCGAACAGUUUCUGUUUAAGAAGAAUAGAAGAGGAUUAUUGAGUUGUCUGACAGAAUUGGAGAAUGUCAAAUAUAAAUUGACAUUUGAAAGCAAUCAAAUAAUUUCACUUAUUAGAAUAUAUGACAGAAUUAUAAGAAAGUAUCUUGUCAGUGUUGUGGAUGUUAAACACUCCGAUAAUAUUGAUACUGUUUUGUCUUCGAGUGCACAUUCCUUAUUAGGAAUAUCAAGAGAAAUGCAACGAAAAAUUUGUGAAAAAUUUGAGAAUUUUAUUCGAAUGAAAGAGUGGACAGAAUUGUGGAAUGCUAUAUUUACGAGUGUGAAAUUGGAAACUGUGGUGGAAGAGCAAGCACCAGCAGCGGCAGCAGCAAUUCCAGAAGUCGAAUUCGAAUGAGAAAGUUUCUCAUGAAAAGACGAGUAGUAUUUCACAUUUUUUUAAACGAUUUUCAAUGAGACCGAAUAAGAAUUCUUCACCAUCUGCAUCUACUACAUCUAAUAAGGAUGAACAAUCGUUUAUGAAUCAGUUAAAGGUUGAGGAACCGAUUGUAAAGAGAAAGAGAGGAAAUUCAAUGACGUUUCGAUUUAAAUCAUUGAAGGAGGAUGAAGUGAAACAAUUAUACGAAUCUUUUCAAGUUCAGAAUGAAAGUGGACGACAAUAUGGAUUAACGAGUGAAGAUUUUAUGCAAAUUUUCGAGCCAUUACAGGCCGAGCUCAUCAAACAAUUGAAAAUUCUAUUCGACCAAUAUGUGGAAGAUUCGGACGAUUAUGAAAUGUUUCUCAUUGACAGAAUUCAAAAGAGAAAUCCAAAUGAUUUCCCAGAGGUCUUCUCCAAACCAAUUGUUACCAAAUCAGCAGGAGCUCUGUUAAAUGUUCACUCGACCAAUCAAUCGAAAACUCCCUCUCCAAACACUAGCUCUCUCACUAGAGAGCAUUCCUUCCCUCCCACGAUCACCACCUCCUCAGAGGAGAUUUCAACCUGUGAAUCCAUGUCUCCAGUUAGUCCAUCGAAUGAUCAUUCUCCUAUUCACGUCACUCCUCAACAAACAGAAAGAUCCAAAUUAUUCAUUCCAAUUCCAAAUUCCAAUCAUAGAAAUUCAUCAGAAUUUGACAAUGACACAUGGAGUGAACCAAUGGCCUCUCCUAGAAAACUUAAAGCUCUCUUUUCAGUGGAAGAAAAGAAGAAGAAAAAGAAGGAAAAGGCAAAGACUGAGAGAAAGGUACAAAGCAUUCAAGAACAAAUGAACAAGUACAAUAAGAUUAUCUCAUCUCUCUAUAAGGAUCUUAUUGAAAGAGAUUUGGAAAUUCAACAAUUGAAACAACAAGUUGCUCAAUUUGAAGAUAAUUUAUCAACAACGGAGGAUGAACACACUGAAACGGAGGAAUUGGAAAGUUUUGAUGAGCUUUAAAUUUUUUUUUGUGAAAUUAAUUUUUUAAAAUAAUGUAAAAUAAUAUACAAUUGUAAUAGUAAAGUCGGUUACCAAAUUAAGAACUAAUUGUAAAUAAAAAAUUCAAUUAGAAUAUU